CCCCCUUCCCGUCCUCAACAUCCCCCUUUUCCAAUUUCAGCUAGGGUUUUGAUUCAGAUCAAUUUUGAUUGGAGUUUCGAUUAUCAUCGGAAUUCUGAGAAGAAGAGAAAAUGGAUCUUCCAGGCCUUGCUGUGAUUCUGCAAGCUGCUCUCAGCACCAAUCCCGAUGAGCGUAAAGCCGCCGAGCACAGCCUCAAUCAGAUUCAGUAUACGCCACAGCAUUUGGUGAGACUGUUGCAAAUUAUUGUGGAUGGCAACUGCGACAUGGGUGUGCGGCAGGUUGCCAGCAUCCAUUUCAAGAACUUCAUUGGGAAGAACUGGUUACCUCAUGAGCCGGAGGAGCAGAAUAAGAUAUUGCAAGCUGAUAAGGACGUGGUCAGGGAGCAUGUUCUUGUCUUUGUUACUCAGGUUCCCCCGUUGUUGAGGGUACAGCUGGGUGAGUGCCUGAAGACAAUUAUCCAUGCUGAUUACCCUGAGCAGUGGCCAAGGCUUUUAGACUGGGUGAAGCACAACUUACAAGAUCAACAAGUUUAUGGAGCUUUGUUUGUUUUGCGGAUUCUUUCUAGAAAAUACGAGUUCAAAUCUGAUGAGGAGAGGACACCUGUAUAUCUUAUUGUUGAGGAGACAUUCCCACAUCUACUCAAUAUAUUCAACAGGCUCGUCCAAAUUCCCAACCCAUCACUGGAAGUUGCAGAUUUAAUCAAGCUUAUCUGUAAAAUUUUCUGGUCAUCCAUUUAUUUGGAGAUUCCAAAGCAGCUAUUUGAUACCAACGUGUUCAAUGCUUGGAUGAUGCUUUUCUUAAAUAUAUUGGAGAGACCAGUUCCAGUGGAAGGCCAGCCUGUAGAUCCCGAUCUAAGAAAGGCAUGGGGGUGGUGGAAGGUGAAGAAAUGGACUAUCCACAUUUUAAACCGGUUGUACACUCGGUUUGGAGAUUUGAAGCUACAAAACCCAGAUAACAGGGCUUUUGCUCAAAUGUUUCAGAAGAGUUAUGCUGGGAAGAUUUUGGAGUGCCACCUGAAUUUGCUGAAUGUGAUCCGAACUGGUGGAUACUUACCUGACAGAGUUACCAACCUUGUUCUUCAAUAUUUAAGCAAUAGCAUCUCAAAGAUGAGUAUGUAUAAUCUGCUGCAACCACGACUCAAUGUUCUCCUCUUUGAGAUAGUUUUUCCCCUUAUGUGUUUCAAUGACAAUGACCAAAGGCUUUGGGAGGAAGACCCACAUGAGUAUGUGAGGAAGGGCUACGAUAUCAUUGAAGACUUGUACAGUCCAAGGACAGCUUCCAUGGAUUUUGUGAGUGAGUUAGUUAGAAAACGUGGAAAGGAAAAUCUUCAUACGUUCCUUCAAUUCAUUGUGGAAAUUUUCAAGAGGUAUGAUGAAGCCCCGUUGGAAUACAAGCCAUAUCGACAGAAAGAUGGUGCACUUCUUGCUAUUGGAGCACUUUGUGACAAACUGAAACAAACGGAGCCUUACAAGUCUGAACUAGAGCGUAUGUUAGUGCAACAUGUGUUCCCCGAGUUUAGUAGUCCUAUUGGGCAUCUUAGAGCUAAGGCAGCAUGGGUUGCUGGACAGUAUGCUCAUAUUAACUUCUCCGAUCCGAACAACUUCCUUAAGGCAUUGCAUAGUGUGGUCGCAGGGAUGCGAGAUCCAGAACUUCCUGUUCGAGUUGAUUCAGUUUUUGCUUUGCGUUCCUUUGUUGAAGCUUGCAGAGAUUUGAAUGAAAUCCGCCCCAUUCUCCCUCAGCUCCUGGAUGAAUUUUUCAAGCUUAUGAAUGAGGUUGAGAAUGAAGAUCUGGUUUUUACUCUGGAGACUAUAGUGGACAAAUUUGGGGAGGAAAUGGCACCAUACGCUCUUGGUUUGUGCCAAAAUCUGGCAGCUGCAUUCUGGAGGUGUAUGAAUACAGCUGAAGCUGAUGACGACGCUGAUGAUCCUGGUGCUUUGGCAGCUGUUGGUUGUUUGCGUGCUAUCAGCACCAUUCUAGAAUCAGUGAGCAGGCUCCCACAUCUCUUUGUCCAAGUUGAACCGACUUUACUUCCUAUAAUGCGUAGAAUGUUGACGACUGAUGGCCAAGAGGUCUUUGAAGAGGUGUUGGAAAUUGUAUCUUAUAUGACAUUUUUCUCUCCAACAAUAUCUUUGGAUAUGUGGAGUCUUUGGCCAUUGAUGAUGGAAGCGUUGGCUGAUUGGGCUAUAGAUUUCUUUCCAAAUAUUCUUGUUCCUUUGGAUAACUACAUAUCGAGGGGGACUGCACACUUUUUAUCUUGCAAAGAACCAGACUACCAGCAAAGCCUUUGGAAUAUGAUUUCAUCUAUCCUGGCAGAUAUGAAUAUGGAAGAUGGUGAUAUUGAGCCUGCUCCUAAGCUUAUUCAAGUACUUUUUCAGAAUUGCAAAGGGCAGGUUGAUCAGUGGGUUGAGCCAUAUAUUAGAGUUACAUUUGAACGGUUACGUCGAGCUAAGAAAUCAUACUUGAAAUGUCUUCUUGUUCAAGUGAUUGCAGAUGCUCUAUACUACAAUGCAGCUCUGACACUCAGCAUAUUGCAAAAGCUGGGUGUAGCGACAGAUCUGUUUGCUCUUUGGUUCCAGAUGUUGCAAGAGGUUAAGAAAAGUGGUGUGCGUGCACAUUUUAAGAGGGAACAUGAUAAAAAAGUUUGCUGCUUGGGCUUGACCUCAUUACUGACACUCCCAGCUGGACAAUUACCUGCAGAGGCUUUGGGACGUGUUUUCAGGGCCACCCUUGAUCUCUUAGUUGCAUACAAGGAACAAGUUGCAGCUGCUGCAAAAGAGGAAGAAGCUGAAGAUGAUGAUGAUAUGGAUGGUUUCCAAACCGAUGAUGAAGAUGAGGGUGGUGAUGGAUCAGACAAGGAAAUGGGAGUUGAUGCCGAGGAUGGUGAUGAAGCCGAUAGCAUUAAAUUUAAGAAGUUAGCUGAACAGGCAAAGUGUUUCCGCCCAAGUGAUGAAUUUGAUGACGACUCUGAUGAAGAUUUCAGUGAUGACGAGGAGUUACAGUCACCAAUUGAUGAUGUGGACCCUUUUAUCUUCUUUGUAGAUGCAGUCAAAGCCCUGCAAGCAUCAGAUCCACCGAGGUUUCAGAGUCUUACACAGACGCUAGAUUUCCAUUAUCAGGCUCUUGCAAAUGGUGUAGCACAGCAUGCUGAACAGAGGAGAGCAGAGAUUGAAAAAGAGAAGAUGGAGAAGGCUUCAGCCACCACAGCUUCAUGAUUGCUGCUUUUCUCUUUUGGUGGCAUUAUUGGUUUUUGGAUCCCUUGCCGUCUUUCUUUGUGCAUAUCAGCGGGGGUUCAUGCACACAGAGUUUGUAAUAUUUGUCGCCAGUUUGUGGCUACUACAUGGGAGGUGAAUGAUAGAGCUGUAUGGAUAGGUUGCCUGCAAAUUUUCACCUUUGUCUUUCACAUUUGAUAGUAUACUCCACCAAAUUCACUGGUAUUCGUUUAUUGGGUUAGUCGUUUUGGCAUUGUCGCAGAGAGACUAGGGUUGCUUUCUGCUUUUUGUAAAACAUGAAUGAUUAUUUUUAUAGAGGGGUUUUAUUGGAAUG